AUGGAUUUCUACAUGAACGCGACUUCAACUCCGAUCCCGACGGAGUGGCAAUUCGACGACAUGCUGGACGAGCUGCACAGAAGAGAUAAGCCGGAGUCGCUGUAUGAAACCGACUACAUGUCGGAGGAGUCGAGUGAAGCUGCCGAAGAUAGUGAUUACGAAGAGGACGAGGAACGAUGCACGAUGCCCGUCAGACAACACGCACCGUCCAAGAGAAUCCCAAACUACAAGGGACCGUCUGGUGCUGAAUCGAGUGACGAAGAAGAUGAGGAAGAAGAUGAGGAAGAUGAAGAAGAGGACGAGGAGGAAGCUGUGGCCCCAGUGAGACAUCGUGCGGCGCCGACGAAGAGGAUCCCAGACUACAAGGGACCGUCUGCUGCUGAAUCGAGUGACGAAGAAGAUGACGAAGAAGAUGAGGAAGAAGAUGAGGAAGAUGAAGAAGAGGACGAGGAGGAAGCUGUGGCCCCAGUGAGACAUCGUGCGGCGCCGACGAAGAGAAUCCCAGACUACAAGGGACCGUCUGCUGCUGAAUCGAGUGACGAAGAAGAUGAGGAAGAAGAUGAGGAAGAUGAAGAAGAGGACGAGGAGGAAGCUGUGGCCCCAGUGAGACAUCGUGCGGCGCCGACGAAGAGGAUCCCAGACUAUAAGGCUCCAUCUACGGCUGAGACUGAAUCAUCGGACGAAAGCAGCGACGGAGAGAGCGGAAUGACGGAUGUGACGACGAAUUCGGCCGUUCGCUACUACGAGCAUCUGCUGCACGGCUACAGAAGACUUUGUGGUGGACAGCAGACGUCUGGCGAAGAUGAGGAGGAGUCGGAGAAGCCGAAGAGAACCGGCAACUGCAUGGCCGAGUGGACGAAUGAGAACGGAAAGAGAGAGGCUUGUGGAGACGAUGGUCCGGCGGAAAAGAGAAAGAGGUACUUCUAA